AUGGUCGAGACUUGUAUAGUCUGCCUCGGCGACCUCGCCCACCAAGACGAAGGUCUUCCCGCCACCGCAUCAUCGCUCGCGACCGACUCACUUGAGGUUGCGGCUAAUGGUGACCACGAUACGACCAAACAGACACCUUCCGAGCAGACCAAAGAGGACGAGUUGAUCGCGCAUCUGCUCCCUUGUGGUCACGAUCUACACGACGAAUGUUUGAAACCCUGGGUAGAGAGGGCGAACAGCUGUCCGAUAUGCCGAGCCAGUUUCAACAUGGUGGAGCUCAGCAUGCGCGUUGGAGGGCCCAAGCUAUCCGACUAUGCCGUGCAGGAUAAACAGCAAGUCGCCGACAUCGAUCCGUCUAUGAUCAUCGACGAGGACUACAUGCUUGAGGAUGACGGCAGCUAUGACGCAUGCAUGGUGUGUGAUGAGUUUGGCGAUGCAUCGCAGCUUAUGUACUGUCACAGCUGCGAGCAGCUCUGCCACGUCUUCUGUGGUGGUCUCGAUCAGAUGCCGACGCGCGGCGCCUGGUACUGCCAGGGAUGCAUUGAGAACCCGGCACUUCUAGAGGCUGCCUCCCAACGACGGACUGCUCAGCGGGGUCCUGCUGCUUGGGUCAACGGACGCAGCCGCGUGCCCCGCCACAACCGAGCUCCAGACGAAUGGGUCGGUGUCUGGCAGAGUGUAUGGAAUCGCUUGCAGUUCGACAUCGAGUUCCCUUUCGAAGACGACGAACAAUCCGAAGACCAUUCGGAAGUCCUGAGGCGGGAGGCUCACGAGUGGGAGCGGCGUUUCGACCUCGCGCGUCAGUUGGGUGCUGGCACUCGAUUUCGCGCGGCUGCAGAUAACGUCCACACCCGACGUCGCGGAUCUAACCGGUCUACCACCCGACCCCCAAAUCGCUCGCUCCAUCGAGAAGCUCCGAAGACACCCCGAGACCCCGAGUCCCAGGAAGAACUCCGCGCAUGGAAUCAGUUUGAGAAGGCGCGCGAUCAGCUCGCCCAACUGGACGCACUUCCUGCACCCGACAACAGCACCACUAGCAGCCUUCGACGCAAGCGAAAGUCUGCUCCUUCUUCGCCUACCGAGUCUGAGCCUCGCGAACAGAUGCCUGAGCGCAAGCUGAAGCGCCCUCGAACCCGUCUGCAGAUCGACAACGGCGAGUCAUCCGCCGCUGCAGCUCGCCGCAACCCAGCCAACCACAAUAACCCUCAGGGGUCAGUCGCCUCGCCCCCAGCAGGCCAGGGUGCUGAGUCAUCCACUGCGCCCGGCUUUCUGCAGUCUCUACUACAGGAAGUUGAAGUUGAUCGCUUUGCCGAACGUGACAAGGAGAUCGCCGCCCCACAGCCUCGGCGCAUCAUUGUCGAGCGGGCCUGUUCACCCCAGAACUCGUCCCCUGGGUUGUCUCCUAUCUACUUCGCACCACGCGGUAUGACCACGCCGCCUCCGUUAAACCUCAGUCGUCCAAGGUCGCCUGUUGAGCUAGACCAGCAACUCUCGCCUACCUAUUCGCCUUACUCGCCUGCGGAUGAUGAUCGAAUUGGUCGUCGCAGGCACACACAUCGCUCGGCUGGUCUCAGCAGCCCUCCUCGCUCAAAGGACUCUUCGCCUUCUCGCCCCCCAACCCUUUCGUACUCGACCAAGGCGGAGCUGCAGCGUAUGGUGACGGCUGUUCUCAAGCCGUUGUACCUGAAGAAGGAAGUGUCAAAAGAGGAAUAUACAGACAUCAACCGCGACAUCUCACGCCUGUUAUACGAGAAGGUGGGAGGAGCUGGUGCCGAUGCUCUAGCAGAUCACGAUACAAGGGAGAAGUGGCAGCGCAUGGCGACUGAUGAGGUGGAUGGUGCUGUUAAAGCGUUGCGGGCGAGUGGUGCGACAGUUCUUUCACCUGCCGCCGAGGACUCUACUUCGUCCUCUUCAUGAUAGCAUUGACGCGUUGUUUCUCUUGUCGAUGCAGUCUUAGCGAGUUUGUGUUCACCGCAUAGGUGUAUCUUGGGCGUUAGGUUCUUUCGGUCAUGUAUCACGUCUACGCCGGCGAUACGGGGUUACAUUUGGAAGGAUGGGUAAGAUACCACGGAGUUUGGCAUUUCUCAGGGCACGGAGUUUCGAUACCGGUAUUGGUCGCUGUCUAGAACAUAAUACGACCUUUUUGAGCUCAUGAUAGAGUUUUGUACGUCACACUUGGAGUUCUUUGUCUCGUGGUGCAUACUGUCUUCGGUAAGAGCAGCCAAU